AUGGGUAACUGCUCUCAAAAGCAGAGCGGUUCGGUCGUCGGCUCAUCGGGAAACAGCUUCUUCUCCAAUCUCUUCCACAAGGCGCACAUCGACCCCCAUGCUCUGGCACAAGCUUGUCCUCCACCGGUACGUUCACGUCUUUUGUUGGUUCAGAAUUCAAUUCACAUUAAACAUUUCAGCACGGCGGCGAGAUGCCCCUGGGCGAGUGCGCAGUGCUCCGAGAUCGGCCAGCAAUGCGCUUCGACAGUCGGCUCGUCUGCAAGUACGAGGUGCUAGCAGUCGUCGGAAAGGGCAGCUUCUCGCAAGUGCUCCGUGUCCAACACAGAGUCACUCGCAAGUAUUUCGCAGUGAAAGUGGUCAACUCGGACUGCGGAGCCGUAAACAACGAGCUGAACAUCCUGAGUCGGCUCUCGCAUCCGUUCGUGAUCCGUCUCGAAGAGGUACUCAUCCUACAAUGACCUGUCCUAAUUCCACCCUUCUUCAGGUGUUCAAAUCCUCUUCCAAACUAUUUAUUGUUAUGCAAAUGGCGAGUGGCGGAGAGAUGUACGAUCGGGUUGUGGCGAAAGGAAGGUACUCUGAGGAGGAGGCGCGGAAUGCACUGAAGAUGCUGCUCACGGGUCUCACUUAUCUCCAUUCCAUUCGGGUCACUCACAGAGGUAUGGCUUAGGUCUUCUGAUCCGGCUAAACUGAUUCUUUGCACAGAUCUAAAACCAGAAAACCUUCUGUACUCGGAUUCUCGGCCGGAAGCUCGUCUUCUGAUCACUGAUUUCGGACUCGCAUAUCAAGCGACGAAGCCGAAUGAGACGAUGACGGAAACGUGCGGAACUCCAGAAUACAUCGCCCCGGAGCUACUUCUGAGAGUACCGUACACCCAGAAGGUCGACAUGUGGGCGGUUGGAGUGAUUGCCUACAUCCUCAUGUCCGGAAUCAUGCCGUUUGACGACGACUGCAGAAGUCGGCUUUAUACGCACAUCAUUACUGCCAACUAUGUAUAUUACCCUCAGGUGAGUUCAUCCGCCGCAGGGACUCUUCCCAAUUGUUUAUUUUUCAGUUCUGGUCGGGUUCGGAGCUGGCCAAGCAGUUUGUGGACUCUCUGCUGGAGACCAACUGCGUGGAGAGAUUGAGUGCGACGGGAGCUCUGAAGCACGAAUGGCUGAGCGGAGAACGGCCUGCCACGUCACAGACAAGGCCGCCAACGAGACCGACUUCCGAGUACAACAGCAUGCAGAGGGUACGUGCCGUUUCUCGUCAUUCCCCUUGAAGCCAUUCUUUCGCAGACAAAGUCGACUCGUUCCAUCCGAUCGGUCACCCGCUCGGAUCACGGACAUCGCGUCGACCCGCGAGAAGUCGACGAACUGGCCAACGACCUGAAGAGAGUCGCCCAGACGACCAAGAACUACGGAGUAUUCUAA